CUUUUCGGGCUUAGGCUUAACCUUAAGGGUGAUCAUAUAAUUUAGGCUUAAGUGGAAGCCAGUUUUUGAAAUGAUAAAAUUGAUGUUACCCAUUAUAUGACGUUAAAUAAAUGUUAAUACAUUCUGGUAGUUUUCCAACUAUAUGACUAUGGAUGAGGGUCAUCAAGAAAUUAUCUGUGAUAAGCCUAGUUGUCAACAGUUAAGAGAGAUGUUGGAUCAAACCAAAAAGGAAGAGGCAUUAAAAUUUGCUGUCUUAAAACAAAAAAUUAUAUCAACUGAUAUACUCAUCAGGAAGUACAGUGCCAAACGUCAAGAAUGUGAUCAUCAGAGUCAACGAUUAGAGGAUAUGUCAAAACUUGUGGAUCAGCUGAGAAGUGACUGUGCCAAGUAUGAGGCUGAACUCAGUCGUACUUUACAAGAAAUGGAGCCACUGAAGAAGUCGUAUAGUGAAUUUGAAGAGAAGAGACUAGAAAAUGAAAAAAAACUAACAACUAUUCAGGAUAAACUAGCAGCUUCAGAAGUACUUGUGCAGCAAUAUAAACUCCAUGUACAGUCAUUAGAACAAAAUAGCAAACAGCAGAAAUCUUUUGAUUUUUUGGAGAAACAGUUGUAA